ACGCGACUUUCUUCCUUUCACCAUUUGUUCACCGUGUUGGACUGAUUCUCUGUUGGCUCACGCGGUGGCCUCUUCACUUGCAAUCAUCAGGCCAUUCCAUCUCACGCGACUAUAUUGACUCUAACGAUGCCGCCUGGAAUUCAGCUUGCAGGCCCCUUGCGUGCCACAGUCAAUGCACUUAUUGCUGCAGUCAACAGACUCGACAAAUCCUUAUCUCCCGCGGACACACUCUCCAAACUUCGUGCGCAUAAAUUCACCCUCAAAGAUUCGAUAUACAUCCUGCAUAUACUCUCAGCCUUGUUUUGGCUUACCCUCAUGGAAGUCCCACCAUUUCCGUACAAACUUGUGAUACCUGUUCUGUAUGCAAUCGCCUUGCUCAUUCCAUUCACGUCCCAAUUCUUCGUUCCCGCAACUCCCGUAUUUUCAUGGGUGCUCAUGUUCUAUUCCAAUCAGUUUUUAUCCGCAGACCAUCGACCCGCAGUUCACGUCGUCCUUUUGCCCACGCUAGAGUCCGUACUGUACGGCGCAAACAUCAGCGACAUCCUUACGCGCUUCACACACCCGAUUCUUGACAUCAUCGCUUGGCUUCCCUAUGGAGUGAUCCAUUAUACCUUCCCACUUGUCCUCUCUGCACUCAUUUGGCUCUUCCGCCCACCUGCUCUAUGUGUUUUCGCGAAGGCAUUUGGAUACCAGAACUGCAUUGGCGUAUUCGUCCAAAUUGUCCUCCCCUGUGCAGCACCCUGGUAUGAAAUUAUAUAUGGGCUUACCCCUGCAGCCUACGGAACACCAGGGUCCGCAGGCGGCUUAGGAAGGAUCGACGAACUAUUUGGCGGUGAAGGCUAUAAACGGACGUUUGCGAGCUCCCCACUCGUGUUUGGCGCGUUCCCUAGUUUGCAUGCCGCAUGGGUUACUCUCGAGGCGCUCUUCCUCAGCGCAUUAUGGCCAGAAUGCGCAAAAUGGGCUUGGGGGUACGCAGCGGUGCUGUACUGGAGCACGAUGUAUCUGAGUCAUCAUUACCUCAUCGAUGUCGUGGGUGGAGCAUGUCUUGCGACAGCGUGUUUCUACUUCUUUGUGCCUGAAGAGCUGCGCAAUGGGAGUGCAAAUGGGACGGGGGACAAGUAUGAGCGGUAUGACCUUGAAUCGAGGAGGGCUGGCUUUGGAGUGGGUAUGGAAGAGUUUGCGAGCGACUCGACAGUGAGCGAUGAAGAGGAGACGCCGAUCGCCUACCGCUCGCCGAACCCUGCGAAUGCUCAAGGGAAGGGCAAGGGGAGAGGGCACAGGCAUACAGCCAGCAUCGCAAGUCUCAUCAGGCCUGAUGAAAGAGCCGGGGAAGAUGGUUGGAGCCCAAUCACGGGAGUAGGGUUCGUAUUCCCGCCUGAAGGGAGGAGGUAGUGCACCUUCAGAUGGGUACUUGGUCGUUUUAUCGUCGUUUCUUGCAUAUACCCCUUCACUUGCAUUUUUCAUGGUUCGGGGACAUAGACUCUAUCUCUCCAUCCGGGUUUCUAGCUCUACCAUCCAGUCGAGUACAGCGCUCACUGCGCAUGGGUACCUAAGUACUACUAGUAUACGUAUACUAUCCAUAGUUCCCAUAGUUGAUCUCAAUUUUAGUGGAUGCAACUCUUCGGUUGGGGCGUGGAGCAGCGAUGACCUCGUAAACAAGUUCGUUGAAUACAGUACCUG